UGAAGUAGUUGUUUUUCGAAAAUUGCUCCUCUGCUCAAAAAUUCAGACGACCGUAAUAUGUGUAUUAAUUGCAUCCUUUUUUCAUUUAGUCAAGUGCUGCUAAUAAUAAAGUUAUUUUUCCAACAAAUUAAACCAACAAUAUUGAAUUGUGCAAAUAUCGAAAACAAAAUCGAAACCAUCGAAAGUCCCAAGUGCUCUACUAAUUCGGUGGACAAUUCUAAUUUGUCUUAUCAUUGUUUUAAAUUGAGUUAUUGUUGUUGCUGUUUCCUGCUCCGCAAACCAUGGAGUAUACUUCCUUAAAAAAUUUUGUGAUUACCGAAAAUCUGAAAGAUAGCGCGGCCAAGACCUUCUAUCAUCACUCAAAUGUUAUAGGUCGAGAGAUUUUGUCCAGCUAUGAUUUGGUUAUGGAUCAUUUUAAGAAUUGUCAUAGUCAUAGUGCCACAUCAGCCAUAGCCGUACCCGUGAUAUAUGAAAAUCAAGAAGAAACGGAUAUCUAUUUAAAUUAUAAUGCCUCUUCCGCCUCAGCAUCCAGCAUCAAUAAUCAAUAUACAGAUUUAAAACCCGACUCCCUAUCUUAUCAAAGUGAUAGACAAAAACAACGACGAAUGCGCACCACAUUCAGUUCUGCCCAAAUCAAGGAAUUGGAGAAAAUUUUUCAAGAGACCCACUACCCCGACAUCUAUACCCGUGAAGAGAUUGCAACGAAAAUUGAUUUGACCGAAGCAAGAGUACAGGUUUGGUUCCAAAAUCGACGGGCCAAAUUUCGAAAACAAGAACGACAUUCUAUACAUAUCAAUCGUACAACGUCUUCGUAUUGAGAUAAUUUUAUACAAAUGAUGAAAACUAUAAAAACGAAACUUUAUAUUGUACUCAUAUACGAUUAAGUAAUGAUUUUAUGGUAUUUUAUAAUUUUAAGUGAUAUACAUUGUUUUACAGUGUAGCAAUAAUAAAUGUAUAAUUGAUUUAAUUU